GUCUGAUGGAAGUGUGUUGAGUGUUAUUAAAAUAUAUAUACUUAUUUAUAUUGUUUGUACCGAACAAAUUAAAAAUUUUACGUGGUUAAUAAUAAUAGUUGGAUGGUUUUUGUAAAGUUUAAAGAUACGUGAAAAUUUUCAGGAUAACUCAGAAAGAUACACUAUUCACAUUUUUAAACAUAUUUCUGUCAAAGUUUAUGAUAAUAACCUCCAGCACGUGGUUGUAGAAAACCAUAGUAAAUUAUCUGUAGCAUAUUGAAAUUUGAUUGACAUGAGAUAGUGAAACAGUAGAGAGAAAACCAGAUAAUGGUAAAUUGAUUGUACUCUUGCAUAGGAAUGUUCAAGCGAUUUUUCACUAGUUUACUAAUUCAAAAUCAAAAGUCUCUGAUACAUAAGAAUUUUUUUCUCGAAAAUGCCGAAAGCCAAAGCUCAUUCUGCAGAAGAAUCUGCCAAGUCAGUCAGUAGUGCUAGUGAACCAACAACUAACAAUGACAAAAAAACAUUUGAUGUUAAAAUACAACUUGAAGCUCCUGACAAAUCAGAGAGUGAUAAAAAAGAUUACAGAGCUAUUAGACUGCCAAAUGGAUUGACAGCAUUAUUAGUUUCUGAUCUUCAUUGUAUUGGAGAUUCAGCUGGUGAUUCGGAAAGCGAAAGUGAAGAGGAAGACGGUGAUGAUGGCUCACAGGAUGAUGGGAGUGAAGGUGGAGAAGAGGAGGAAGAAUAUGAUGGAGAGAAUAAGGCCAAUGAUUGUGAAGAUGGAGAUGAAAAGCCUACUAGUAAAUCUUACAAAAAAGAAAAAAAAUUGGCAGCAUGUGCCUUGUCCAUAAACGUUGGAAGUUUUAGUGAUCCACUCAAAAUUCAAGGUAUGGCUCAUUUUCUUGAGCACAUGGUGUUUAUGGGUUCUGAAAAGUAUCCUCAGGAAAACGACUUUGACGAGUUUAUAAAAAAGAAAGGUGGUAGUGACAAUGCCUCCACUGACUGUGAGCACACAACAUUUUACUUUGAGAUACAAGAAAAACAUUUACUACCUGCCAUGGACCGUUUCGCCCAAUUUUUUAUAAAUCCUCUGAUGAAAAGAAGUGCCAUCACUAGAGAAAGAGAAGCUAUAGAGAGCGAAUUCAAGAUGGCCUUACCAUCAGAUUUCUACAGAAAAGAGCAAUUGUUUUGCAGCUGUGCAAAAACUAAUCAUCCUGCCACAAAAUUUUCGUGGGGUAAUUUAAUAACGCUAAAAGAUAAUAUAGAAGAAGAAACAUUGUAUUCAGAAUUGCAUAAGUUCAAAGACAGGCAUUACAGUGCUCAUCGAAUGACUCUGGCUGUUCAAGCUAGACUAUCAUUGGAUGAGUUGGAGAAAUAUGUCAUCGACUGCUUUUCUAGUGUGCCUGUUAACCAUCUGUCGUGUGAUGAUUUUUCUGAAUUCAAAGGCAAAGAUUCUUUUAAUAAUCCAAAUUUUUGCAAAUUGUACAAAGUUAAACCGAUCACAGAGACUUGCCAAGUUGAACUCACAUGGGUUAUGCCCCCGCUACAUCAUUUGUACAAAAGUAAACCCCAUCAAGUUGUUUCGUGGCUUAUUGGACAUGAAGGAGAGGGUUCCCUAAUAAAUUACCUUCGCAAGAAAUUGUGGUGUUUAGACAUUUUUAGUGGCAACAGUGAAGGAGAUUUUGAACACAACUCUAUGUAUGCUCUAUUUGGUACAACUUUGAUACUAACUGAUGAUGGUUGUAAGCAUUUGAGAGAAGUAUUAGACGCUUUGUUUUCUUAUAUAAAUUUUUUACGUCGAGUUGGACCUAGUAAAAGAGUAUUUGAUGAAAUUCAACGAGUCGAAGAAAUAAAUUUUAGAUUCCAAGAUGAACAAGAUCCUGCAGAGUAUGUUGAAAGUUUGUGUGUAAAUAUGCAUUUGUACCCAUCGAAAGACUUUUUGACAGGAGAAAAUUUAUAUUCUCUCUAUGAUCCGGAAUCUAUAAAACAAUGUAUGGAAGACUUGAGCCCAGAAAAAGUCAAUAUUAUACUUUUUGAUCGGAAAUUUAAUGAGGAAGACUUUGACCAAGUGGAACCGUGGUUCCAGACAAAGUAUUCUAGUGAAGAUAUACCCAAGGAAUGGGUCUCUCGUUGGAAAGAAAUUGAACCUUUUGAAGAAUUUCAUUUGCCUGAACCCAACGAGUUUAUCACGGAUGAUUUCACUUUGAUAGAUUUGCCCGCCGAUGUACCAAGUUACCCAACGAAAAUCUAUCAUGACGAAAAAACAGAAAUUUGGUACAGAAUGGACCCCAAGUUCCGUCUCCCGGAAUGUUACAUUUACUUGCUUUUGCAAACUCCUUAUGCAACAGAAUCUCCGAAAUCCUCUGCCAUGUUGGACAUAUAUUUGUCUGUAUUGAAAUACUUAGUUGUACCGUCAUUAUACCCUGCAUCAGCUGCUGAAUUGAGUUAUGAAAUUGUUUCACAUGAGAAGGGUAUUGUCAUCAAAGUAUACGGGUUCAAUCAAAAAUUACCUCUUUUGUUAAAAAAAAUAUUUCAAAAUAUUGUCACCUGUCAUGAUCUAACCACAGAGGAUUUAUUUAAUGUUAUGAAAAGAGAGCAGUGUAAAGAAAAAUUCAACACCUUUAUAAAACCAAAUAAACUUUGUCGGGAUGUACGAUUAUCUAUCAUAACUAAAGGUUAUUCAACAGCAAUUGAGAAACAUACUGCCCUUUGCGACAUAGACUUUCAUCAGUAUCUCCAAUUCGCUGAGCAUCUGAUGGAUAACUUGUACAUUCAGUGUCUCGCCCAAGGAAACAUGACCCGAGAGAAUUUGUUGAAAUGUGUGUUUGAGUGUACCGAACUAUUGAAAUUCAGCAAAUUAGAUUCCAGUGCAUACCCACAAAUAUUAGCUUACGAGAUACCGAUUGGGGAAAAGUAUUGCAAAGUCAAAAGUUUCCUACCCAACGAUGUCAACUCUGUUGUGACCAAUUUAUAUCAAUUUGGACUCGAUUCUAUCCAUUUAUCUGUUAUGAUUCAACUUUUAAUGCUGGUGAUGAAAGAACCCGCAUUUGAUUUUCUUAGAACCCACAUGCAGUUGGGCUACGAUGUUUGGUGUGAUAUAAGAGAGACGUACGAUACUCUUGAAUUUUCAAUAUCUGUUUGCACUCAAGCCAACAAGUUUUCUACUGAUUUUGUAAAUUUUUGCAUUGAACACUUUAUUGAGAGUAUGAUUAAAUUUGUAGAAAGUAUGUCUCAAGAAAAAUUUGAUUGUAUUAAAAAGUCUCUCAUUGAGACCAAAAUGUGCGUGGAUGUUAAUCUCGAAGAGGAGGUUACUAGAAAUUGGUCAGAAAUAACAAAAAACAAGUACAUUUUUGAUAGAAAUGGAAAGGAAAUCGUUGUAAUAGAAUCUAUUAAGCUAAGCAAAUUGAUUCAGUGGUUCAAGGAUCACUUAUUGGAAGGGAAAAAUUUCAGAAAAUUGAGUGUUCACGUAGUGGGAACUGCCAACCCAUCCACUGAUGACAGAAAAAUGUAUACUGGUGACAAUGAAGGUAAGGAAAAGGAGAAGUAUUCUCUCAAAUUUAUCCCCAUCGAAGAUGGAGAGGAACAACACCCUUUGGAUGAUUAUAUAACAGACAUCGAAGCUUUUAAAAGCCAACUGAAAUUGAUGAAUAAGCUCCCGUGA